AACUCUAGAACAAGCCCGGAGUACUUUUUUUUUUUCUUCAGCCAAGCGUCCAAUUGCCAAUCACAUACAUGUUACGGUCUUCAUUUCAACGAAACUAUUGAGAGAGAAAAAGAAAGAAAGAAAGAACAAAUCCACGCAGCCAUGCAGUGUUAAAUGUUUGCGACUCAAACGCGUCGACACUCGCGCACAAAGAGAGAGGAACUGGAGACGCGCGCGCUCCUGCGUCUGUGCGCGAGAGGCGAAUUAAAAAAAUAAUAAUAAAUCGGCGCUCGCGAAUCCUUUUCUUUGCUUUUGAAGAAUUGAAUAAAGAAAUCAAGCUGGCUCACGCUGUCUCGAACCCGACCACUUUGACAGCUGCUCUUCACCCCCUUUGGAGGACUGUCAACAGCAAAAGGAUGGCAUCAGAACUGGCAAUGAGCAGCUCCGACCUGCCCACCAGUCCCCUGGCCAUGGAAUAUGUUAAUGACUUCGAUCUGAUGAAGUUUGAAGUGAAAAAGGAGCCGGUGGAGCCCGAUCGCAGCAUCAGCCAGUGCAGCCGCCUGAUCGCCGGGGGAUCCCUGUCUUCCACCCCGAUGAGCACGCCUUGCAGCUCGGUUCCCCCUUCUCCAAGCUUCUCGGCGCCCAGUCCGGGAUCCGGGAGCGAACAGAAGGCGCACCUGGAGGAUUUCUACUGGAUGACCGGUUACCAACAGCAGCUCAACCCGGAGGCUUUGGGCUUCAGCCCCGAGGACGCGGUGGAGGCGCUGAUCAACAGCAGUCACCAGCUCCAGAGCUUCGACGGCUAUGCUAGAGGGCAGCAGUUUACCAGCGCAGCCGGGGCGGGAGGCGCCAUGGCCGGCGAGGAGAUGGGAUCCGCCGCCGCGGUGGUCUCCGCGGUCAUCGCGGCCGCCGCAGCCCAGAACGGGGCACCCCACCACCACCACCAUCACCAGCACCACCCGGGCGGGCACCAUCCGACGCCCGGGCUGCAGUCCAACGGCAACUCCGCCAACCACCACCACCAGCACAUGCACCUGGACCUGGACGAUCGCUUCUCGGACGAGCAGCUGGUGACCAUGUCCGUGCGCGAGCUCAACCGACAGCUCCGGGGGGUCAGCAAAGAGGAGGUCAUCCGGCUCAAACAGAAGAGGAGAACCCUCAAAAACAGAGGCUAUGCCCAGUCGUGUCGCUACAAGCGGGUCCAGCAGAGGCACGUCCUGGAGGGCGAGAAGACCCAUCUGCUGCAGCAGGUGGACCACCUCAAGCAGGAGAUCUCCAGACUGGUGCGCGAGAGAGACGCGUACAAAGAGAAGUACGAGAAGCUCAUCAGCAGCGGCUUCAGAGAAAAUGGAUCCAGCAGCGACAACAACCCGUCGUCCCCGGAGUUUUUCAUGUGAGUUUACCGGCACAUAAUAUAGAGCAGCGAUGUGCAAAAGUUGCGUACGCGUGUUAUUCUCUCGUUGUGUUGGAUUGGGCGCACGCGGGGCAGUCACGUUUUCCUCUCACUUUUAUUAUUAUUAUUAUUAUUUUUUAUUAUUUUUUUUAAAUGUAGAUACAUUUAAUCCAGUGAUGAAGAAAUCGAGCUUUAGAGCUUAGCCCACGCAACUUUUGCUCUCCGCUUUUGGACAAUAAUAAGACAUUUUCCAUCGCCGAGUUGUUAUGAUUUUGUUUAUUCUGUUGAAACUGUAAUAUGUGAACGUAUACUUUCAUUUGAUACUUCCUCAUGUUGUCCUACGCCUCGUGUUGCGUAACUUUUAACUUCACAUUUUUGUAAAGUUCAAGUGACACUUGCUGGUUACAUGAGGGCACUGUACACUGAAAGCAUGGAGAAGUGUUUGAACUCAUGUCGAGUGUCUAAACAGACUCAUUUCCCUCAUAAACUGAGCGAGACUGACAUUGUUUCAUUCGAACUCCAUCACAUUUUGUGUUGUUGUGAAGAACUCACUCAAUAAUGUAUUUAUUUGUGUGUCGGACGCGAUAUGUCGAGCCCACAUGCUGGUCAUGUUGGCUGACGAUGCUUUGUGUUUCUUUUCCCUGAACGAACUGAACUGAAACGCUGCGAUGUUACAUUCAUUUUCUCAUUGUCUGGUCCUGUCCACAUUUUUGGGACUCUGAGCAAAAAAGUGACAUAUUUUCAUCC